GGGCGCGUCCCCAUCGGCUCAGCUGCUGCCGCGGGAUCCGGCCCCAUGAGCCGCCCUGGGCUCCUCCUGGCCGCGCUGGGGCUGCUGGCUCUGGGGGCCGGGGGUGCUCCGGGGACCGCGGGGACCCCGGGGCGGCUCCCCGAGGACGCGGCGCAGGAGCACGGCUACUACCUGCAGCAGCUCUUCGGCCAGUACGGGGCUAACGGGACGCUGCCCUUCGAGGGGCUGGCGCGGCUGCUGGGCAGCCUCGGGCUGGGCAGGGUGCAGGUGGUCCAGAUCCAGCACGAGGAGCUGGGCCACGGCCACGUCAGCCACCUGGACCUGCUGGAGGUGCAGGAGGACAAGCACCGGCACCGGCACCCGGUGUGGGAGCACGGCGGGGACGCGGCUCCGAGCACCGGCGGACCCCUCAGCCCCCCGCCCUCCCAGACGCCGAGCUGGCCCGAGGCGGUGCCCGCCGAGCCCCCCGGGGCUGCGGGGGUCCCCCGGCAGUACCAGCCCACCCUCAGCCUGCUGGGGAGGGUGCUGGGCUUGGAGCACUCCAGCGCCGACCACCCGCACGACGACUGCCUGAACGUGACCCAGCUGCUGGUGAAUUUCGGGCUGGACUCGGUGGCGCAGCUGACGCCGGAGCAGUUCACGCUGCUGUGCCCGGCGCUGCUCUACCAGAUCGACAGCCGCGUCUGCAUCCAGCACAGCGAUGAGGUGACGCUGCCUCCCCCGGGGGGGGCCCCGUGGCCAGCGCUGGGCUGGGCGCUCCUGGCCGUGCUCUCCGUGAGCCUCCCGUCCGCGCUGGCCGUGCUGCUGCUCCCGCUGCGCGCCCGCGGCUCCUUCCGCUCGCUCCUCGCCUUCCUGGUGGCCCUGGCCGUGGGGACGCUCUGCGGGGACGCCCUGCUGCACCUCUGGCCGCACGCGCACGGGAGGCACCCGGAGGCGCCGGGGGAGCCGAGCCCCGCGGUGCUGCAGGGGCUGGCGGUGCUGGGCGGCAUCUACCUGCUCUUCGUGCUGGAGCUGCUCCUGGGGAUGCUGCGGCGCCGGCGGGAGGCCGCGGGACGCCCCCACGGAGAGACCCCCGGCCUGGCACCGUCACGGGCAGGGACCGAGCUGCGACACCUGACGGCGCCGGAGCCGGAGCUGGAGCUGAGACCCCCCGAGCCCCCCCAGGAGCCCCCCCAGGGACCCUCCCACGGACACUCCCACGGCCCCGCGCUGCCCCUCGGGCCCGGCGCCGCUGACAUCGUGUGGAUGGUGGUGCUGGGGGACGGCGUCCACAACCUGACGGACGGGCUGGCCAUCGGAGCCGCCUUCUCUCACAGCCUCUCCAGCGGGCUCAGCACGGCGCUGGCCGUGCUCUGCCACGAGCUGCCCCACGAGCUGGGUGACCUGGCGGUGCUGCUGCGGGCGGGCACGGCCCCGCGCUCCGUCCUGCUCCUCAACCUGCUCUCGGCGCUGCUCUCCUGCCUGGGGGUGGUGGCGGGGGUGGCCCUGGGGCACAGCGGGACCCCCCUCGCCCCCUGGGUCCUCACCGCCACCGCCGGCAUCUUCCUCUACGUGGCCCUGGCCGACAUGCUCCCCGAGGCGCUGCGGGGCUCCGGCGAGGGCACCUGGAGCCGCUUCCUCCUGCAGAACGCGGGGUUCCUGCUGGGCGCUGGCAUCAUGCUGGGCAUCGCCCUGGCCGAGGGGCACCUCCGCUCCUGGCUGCAGCCCUGAGCGCCUCGGCCCCGCUCGGCCCCGCUCGGCCCCGCCGCUGACCCCAGCGGGAGCCGCGGCCGGAGCCCGAGCGGACCCCCGGGACCCCCGGCUUGGAUUUUCCCCCCUCCUCCAGAAGCCCCGGGAGGAAUCCGCGGUGCCGGAGCAGCCCCGAGGGAAGGGAAUCGGGGUCCCCUCGCUGCCCCCCGUCCUCUCCCGGGGUCACCCGCGGCUCCGGGGCUGGAUCCGAGCGUGUUCCCCCUGCUGACCCCCCGGAGGAGCCGAGGAGGGGGAACAACCCCGGAGCAAGCGCGGUUUAAUAAACAGAAUUGAGCCAGAGCCGCAAUAAAAAGAGCAGGAUUUGGUCACAGUUACGGGGUAGAAAAUAGAUCAAGUCUGAA